CUCGCGGCAGCGCUCGGCACAGUCACUUGUCUGACCCUUUCCGCUCGACUGCAGACGUCGGAGCCAGCCCCGGAGCCAGUCCCCAGCAAGCCGAGGACCGGCAGGAUGGAGCGCCCGUAUCCCGACAGCAUGCCCCAGGAUUUGUCAGAGGCCCUGAAGGAGGCCACCAAGGAGGUGCACACCCAGGCGGAGAAUGCUGAGUUCAUGAGGAACUUUCAGAAGGGCCAGGUGACCCGAGAAGGCUUUAAGCUGGUGAUGGCAUCCCUGUUCCACAUCUACGAGGCCCUGGAGGAGGAGAUUGAACGCAACAAGGAGAAUCCCGUCUAUGCGCCCCUCUACUUCCCAGAAGAGCUGCAUCGGAAGGCUGCCCUGGAGCAGGACUUGGCCUUCUGGUAUGGGCCCCGCUGGCAGGAGGCCAUCCCCUACACACCGGCCAUGAAGCGCUAUGUGCAGCAACUCCAAAAGGUGGGGCGCACGGAGCCCGAGCUGCUGGUGGCCCAUGCCUACACCCGCUACCUGGGCGACCUGUCCGGCGGCCAGGUGCUCAAGAAGAUAGCUCAGAAGGCCCUGGACCUGCCCAGCUCCGGCGACGGCCUGGCCUUCUUCACCUUCCCCAACAUCGCUAGUGCCACCAAGUUCAAGCAGCUCUAUCGCUCCCGCAUGAACACUCUGGAGAUGACUCCUGAGGUCAGGCAGAGGGUCAUCGAAGAAGCCAAGACCGCGUUCCUGCUCAACAUUCAGCUGUUCGAGGAGUUGCAGGAGUGGCUGACCCAGAAAGCUGAGGACCAGAGCCCCUCGCAAGCACCAGGGCUUCGCCAGCGGGCGGGCAGCAGGGCACAAGACUCCACUCCCACCGAGACACCCAGAGGGAAGCCGCAGCUCAACAUCCUCUCCCAGGCACCGCUAGUCCGAUGGGUCCUAACAUUCAGCUUUCUGGUGGCAACGGUUGCCAUGGGGCUUUACGCCAUGUGAAUGCACGCAUGUUGGCCCCUGGGGCCAUGAACUCUGUCCAGCGGAGGACCCUCUUUCUAGAGAGGGAAAAUCUCAACUGGCUUCCUUCCCUGGGGCAUGGGGGGGCUGUCAGCACAACCCCUCCCCCCAUCCCUCUCUGGAAAGGAAGGAGUCUUAGGUGUCUUCCUAACCAAAUGCACAUCCAGCCAAUGACCUGAAUUUCCAGAGUGGGAUGAGGGGUCCUGCCCAGCCCUCAGAACACUCCCCUCCCCCACUCCUGGAGCAGAGCCCAGAAGAAGUAGCCGGAAGUAGCAGCUGUCCUGAACCUCCAAAGGCCCUGGGUUCAUGGUCUCCUUGUUGACUUGCCAUGACCUCUUUCCCCAUGGGCCAUGGCAAAAUUCAUAUAAAUGUGCAAAGAUGUUAUGUCUUGUGUUUGUCUUGUUUUUGUUGGAGCCACUUUUUGUUCCCAGCUCAGCCUGAACUGUGGUAUUUUGUUGUGUUCUGUUUUUUUUAUAACAGGGUAAGGGGUGGGUG